AUGGAUCAACAAAACGGAACGUCCCGUUCAGAAUCUGUUCCUCCACCACCUUCGCAACACCCUGAAACGGUUUCUGGUGGUGGCUCUCACCCUUACACUUCUAGAAAAGAUCGUUCUUUAUCACCUAGAAGUGGCUAUCGUCGUUCAUCUUACUCUCCACGGCGAAGAAGUCCUUCUCCCAGAGGUUACCGUAAUGGUAGAGAGGAAAGAUAUAGAGAAGAUCGAUAUGCUAGAGAAGAUAGGUAUGAUCGAGGUUAUGCCAGAGGUGGUUACAGAGAAGAAAGAGGAUACCGUGAUAACUUUUACGGUUCUGAAAGACGAGGUCCUCCAAGAAGAAGUAAACCAAUUGAUCGUGGUAGUGAAAAAGAAAGGCGUGAUUCUACUACUCUUUACGUUGGUAAUCUCCCUUACGCAUUUCGCGAACAAGACGUUGCUGAUAUGUUUGAACGCUAUGGUCGCCUGAGAAAAGUGACUGUCCAAAUUGAUCAUUAUACAGGAAGGAAUAAAGGUUUUGCUUUCGUUGAAUUUGAAGACCGAAGAGACGCUGAAGAUGCAUUUGAUAAAUACAACGGAACUAACGUUGAAGGUCGUCGGCUUAAAUUAGAUUGGGACAUUGGCUUGAACAAAAAGGAUGCUCAUCGUAGGGAUAAAUAUGCCAUGAUGGAUAAUUAUGGACGACCUGAUCCUUACCAACGUGGCCCUUCACCAAUCAUGCGUGGAUUUAGCCCAAACUACAGAACUGGCGGCCGUUCGUCAAGCCCUUACCGUCGAUAA